AUGCAAAGAGCUUUCAAAUGGCGAAACAAUGGGGAAACUCAAAACCUCAAGCUACGACUCAUUUCUAGCCGAUCCACCGAUGGAAGGGUGUAUAACCAACCUACUGUGUCUGAAGUUGCAGCCUUGGUUGUUGGUGAUAUAGACACGGCAGAAAUGUGUGAUAUCAUUAUGCAAACAAGAGGAGGAGGACUUCAGCGAAUCAACGAACUGCAUGCUGCUUACAUGGCUUACCAAUAUCCUUUGAUUUUUCCUUAUGGUGAGGACGGUUAUAGACCUGAUGUAGCUCAUAGGGACUUGCCUUCCAACAGUAACAGCGUAAGAAAUAGGCUCACAAUUCGGGAAUUUUUGGCAUACCGCAUUCAAACCAGGUGCAACGAAGCUAAGACUCUAUUAUCUUCUAGAAGGUUGUUCCAGCAAUUUCUGGUCGAUGGUUACACAAUGUUGGAGUCUGAGAAACUUGAAUGGUUACGUAAAAAUCAACCAAAACUUCGGGUUUCCAAGUACAAUGCUUUAAAUGAAGAGGGAGACCAGAAUCAAACGCAAGGGAACAGCAUAGGUAAACGAGUCGUUUUGCCUUCCUCAUUUGUCGGAGGUCGUAGGUUUAUGGAUCAAUUGUACUAUGAUGGAAUGGCUAUAUGCAGUAAAGUUGGAUUUCCAGAUUUGUUUAUUACCUUUACUUGUAACCCAAAUUGGCCUGAGAUUCAGAGAGUACUUGGACCUCUUCAUUUGAAGCCUCAAGAUCGACCAGAUAUCAUCUCGAGAGUAUUCAAAAUCAAGUUUGAUCAAUUGCUUACAGAUUUAACCAAAAAAGGUGUUCUUGGAAAAGUCCAGAAAGACAUUGACAAGAUCAUCAGUGCUGAAGUGCCCGAUCCUGAAACACAUCCUCGGUUGUACAGUUUGGUCAAAGCUCAAAUGGUUCAUGGUCCUUGUGGUUUGGCAAAUCCCAAGACACCUUGCACGAAAGAUGGGAGGUGCACCAAGUUUUACCCUAAGAAGUUUCAACCUACGACUAUCGUGGACCAAGAAGGGUAUCCUGUUUAUAGGAGAAGAGACAACAAACACACUAUUGAAAAAAAUGGAUUAAUCUUUCAAAGUGGUCAUGUUGUUCCUCACAAUCCAAGUUUGUUGUUGAAGUACGAAGCCCACAUUAACAUGGAAUGGUGCAACCAAAGUACUUCUAUCAAAUACCUUUUCAAAUAUAUAAACAAAGGUUCCGAUAGAAUUUCUGCAAUCAUACAAGGCCAAGAUAGAAACAACGUCGACGAGAUCAAGCAAUAUUUGGAUUGUCGAUACAUCUCCCCAAGUGAAGCAUGUUGGAGGAUAUUUUCCUAUUCUAUACAUGGCAGAAAGCCAGCCGUAGAAAGACUGUAUUUUCACAUGGAAGGUGAAAACUCUGUGUACUACAAAGACUACGAGCAGGUUGGUGAUGUGUUACUCAAACCAAGUGUAACAGAGUCGAUGUUUACAGCAUGGUUUGAAGCAAACAAAACUUAUGAAGAAGCAAGAUUACUAACUUAUGGAGACUUUGUUUCUAAAUUUGUCUAUCAUAAACGAAGUCGGAGUUGGAAACCAAGGAAACGAGGGUAUACCAUUGGUCGACUCAUUUGGGUUCCUCAGAGCACCGGUGAGUUGUUUUAUUUAAGGAUGAUGCUCACUGUCAAAAAGGGUCCUUUAUGCUAUCAGGACAUCAAGACGGUGGACGGUAAAAAGCUAAAAACAUUUAGAGAUGCAUGCUUUGCGAUGGGAUUUUUACAAGAUGAUCGUGAAUUUGUUGAGGCAAUCAAAGAGGCGCAUCAGUGGGGUUCAGGUCAUUUUUUACGCAAGUUGUAUGUUACCAUGUUACUAUCUUCGUCGAUGAAUAGACCCGAACAUGUUUGGAGAAAGACUUGGAUGUAUUUAUCGGAUGGCAUUCUUUAUGAUCAACGAGUCAUCACAAGAGAUCCAGGUUUGACAAUGAGUGAUGCCGAGUUAAAAGAACGGACACUCAUGGCUAUUGAAACUCUAUUACAAAAUAAUAAUCGAAGUUUGAAGGACUUCAAGACAAUGCCAUAUCCGAAAGAUUAUGUUGAAUCCUUUACAGGAAAUCGACUCCUUUAUGAUGAACGUCAAUAUGAUGUUGUUGCUCAGCAACAAAUUUUUGAAAGUCUGUAUGCUUCUCUUACAGCCCUUAGGUCUAAGAAAAAAAUUGUUUUGCCGGUUGCUUCAAGUGGGAUUGCAAGUUUGUUGUUACCAGGUGGAAGAACAGCUCAUUCUAGAUUUAAGAUUCCUGUCCCUACAUUAGAAACUUCUAUAUGCAACAUUGAAAACAAGAUGAUCUUGCCGAGCUUCUAA